UCUAAGUUUGCUGGUGGGACUUUGGGCUCGGCUUUUAUUUACGGUCUUGAGGGUCAAUAAAGCGUCAAAAUUGCCGAAAAGAAGAUGUAUUUCUCCCCCGGUUUUAUAUUUUGGAGUUCCAAUUCAUGGUGACAAUAAUUAAAGCUAAUAUGAAUCCCCUAAUUUUCGUGUUGCUGGUUUGCAUAGCCGUUUACUUGGGCAUAACAUGGCUGCUUCCACGAAUCAUCGGGUGGUUGCUUAUCAAGAAAUUCAAAAUCAAAGUACGAGUCGGGCGAAUAAGUUUGCCUUUUUCGUUGAAAAACGUGAAUAUCUGCAAAAACGGCUUCUCGGUGCAAAUUGAGGAGAUUUGCGUAAGAAGCAGUUUCUUCAACUCGGAGGUUACGAAGUUGCUUUCGAUCAACGUUCGAGAUGUUCGAAUCAACAAAGACAUCAAUGGCAGACAAAAUGCAAAGGAGGAGGUGCAUGAAUUGGACUCGCAGCUCAAAACCGUCCCGGACUUCCGGUUGACGAAAGUACCACCGAGCAUAGUGACUUUUGCACAGUUUAUGGCUGUAACAAUGAACAACAUCUCAGUUGUCCUAAUGUACAACGACUUCGACCCGGAGUGGUUUCUGCAUGCCACCGCGAAAGAGUUACAUUUGGAUGGAAGUAUUGUCCACAACGCGAAAACGUUACUGGUGAACGCCGCACUAAAUGAAGCUCACGCAAAAAUUUUAAGCCAUUGUCCAACACGGCGGCAAUCAUUGGAAAAUUUGACCAAAGUUCGUCCGUGUUUAGCAGAAUUAAGCUUCGACGUAGCCUUAGAUGCUGUACUGAUCGCUCAAGGUCCCCUGUCUGUCGAGAAACUACAAUUAUCAAUGAGUAACACGAAGGCUACAAUUCACGGUGGACUCUAUGACUUCAUUCGCGAAGCUCGCCCCAACAGCGGAAUAGAAAAGGAACAGAAACAGAUAAUAUUUCCUCGGUCGGAACCAAAGAAGUACAGCAAUGAAUCUUAUGAAAAGAUUGCCCCCAUCAUUCCGAAAAAUUUUACAUUCAUUGUUAAAGCAGCGACGUUUCUAGCGGCGAAAGAAAACACCCAAAACGACUUUAGCGCCAACAUGCAGCUUUUCACUAUUACAGGAAAAUUCAAUUCAAAAGAGCGGAACGAAAAGGCAAACCUUCCAACGCUCUUCACCAAAGUUCAAUUGCAGCACCUGGAUAUCGACACUAAAUUCGAGAAACUUUUAUUCAUUGAGCAGUUCACUAUCGAUUCCAAGUUGGAAAAUGAUGUUCUAAAUUUGUAUUCCAAGCUAAAAACGUUCCAACUUAUCUACAACCAUAGCGAGAUAUAUGGCUGGAUUAAUAACAACUUUUUAUCCCGAAAAAAGUCGAUAUCGCAACCUUUGCUACUUUCUGCUCCAAUUGAGAUAGAUUCUCCAGGCAAGUCUAAAUUAGAGAAGAGCAGCAUAUUCGAAUGGCUCUUGAAACGGAUAGUGGUAAAAGGCUGCGCUGAGUUAUGGAAUGUUUCUACGUUACUUAAGUUGGACGAACAAAACGCAGCAGUCAGUGUCAGUCACACGAAACUCCUUCUAGAGCAAUGUGAUGAAAAGCGUAGUAGUAUCUACAGCAAUAGAUUAGCUAACUUGCUCUUAGAUAACCGCCACUGGAGUACGGAACUAAUGAUAGAAUCGCUUUGGUGGUCUCUGGGCAAUGCCAUCAACGACACCAAUAAUUUAAAGAAAAGUCAUUCGCGUGGUAGUCCUUUCUUCCUAGGUGUCAGCCUCAUAAAAUUGAGUAGCUAUGCAAAUGCCACAAAACUUGAUCUAUCAAUCCAUACACUUCGCACGGAAUACAGCAUUUGCUUAGCCGAAUUCAUAAUCAAAGCAAUGUCUUGCUUGCAGCAAUACGGAUGGGGCAAACUUAGUACUAGUGAUAACGUGCUACCUAAUAUCCCAUCAGAUACUAGUCAAUCUUCCUCAGGACUUUUGAUCAACGCUAAAAUAAAAGAUAUAACUUCCUUUUUCAUCAACCACCACGAAGCAUGCAUACUAGCCAGCCUGUCGGAAAUCAGUCUAACUAGAACUCAACAAAUUUCUGUGUUUAAAUUGGAAGAUUUCCAAACUGCAAUAAUGCGAUCAAUGUCCGCAUCUUCUCUGUGUUUGAAUGAUUUUACCGAUAUUUUCGGUAAUGUUAAAGGCAUACGAAUUGAAUAUCAGAAAUGUUCUACUAUAACUAAUAGCCCACAGCUGUCGAUAUUUAUCCUGGACGACACUGAUGUAAUGUGGAAUUCAAAUCUUCAUAUGCAUAUUGUAACACUUUUAUGGGACGUGAAAGAAUUCCGCUCUAAACUACCCAUUUGGAAACCACGCUCGAAGCCAGUGCAACACGCAGCCUCUGAAAAGUUUACCAUAGAUAUAUCAGCCGAACAUAACACUGUAUUCGAAAUUAAAAUCUCCGAGAGGCACACGAUGCAAUUAUUUUUUGAGAAUAUGUUCAUCAGUCGCAAAGAUCAAUUAUUACUUUCCGUUGAAAAUGUUUAUGUGAAAAUAGACGAUCAACAUAUAUUUUCAUUCAAAGACGUCGAUAUGCGAUCACUAGCUAAACACGAUAUGCUUACGCAAGAGCGUCAAAAUUGUGAAGGGUUCCUGAAACAAACAAAUAAAGUUUGGGUGACUAGGAUUGGUGUGCUAAAGAUUAUAUUUCCUUAUGACCAUGACUUUUCCGAUGCGAUUCAAAAUGAAUUUGUCUCAUUAUUUAAGUGGCUAAAAGCUGUACACAACGUAAAGAAGAAGCCCUUCACAGCUGAUUCACCACUCCCAAGUGAUAUGAUUAUACAGGUAAAGGAGUUCCUCUUUGAAAUGAGUGAUGAUCCAUUCGAAGUUAAACUUCGUGAUAACUACGUACUUCUAGUCGAUGAAUAUCUUGAAAGCUUAAAGCGAAAAAAAUUAUUUGAAAAGAAACUUGCCGAAAAAUGCCUUGAAAGACUGUUGGUUCCAGCGAGUACAAUUGAUAGUCUUUACGCUAAUCUAACUAAAAAGAAUUCAGAAAUUUACAUACAACGCUCAAAAAAGAUCAAUGAAAGUGGACCUACGAGAACUCGGCUUUUCGCAUGGAUUCUGACAGACUUAGAAAUUAUGGCUAUGGCAGAUCCUGCCAUACACGGUACCGAAAAUGUUACCAGAAUUAUGCGAGAAAUAGAUUCUGAAAGUCCUUGGCCUGAGGAAGGCUUGGAGUUUGUAACUUUGUGGUGUAGAUCCGUUAGCGUUAGCUGUUCUGAAUGGAAGCUGCUUCUAAGAGAUUUUCCCCAACCUAUGUUUUAUGUGAAACAAAUGCGUCUUUUUGGCACGCUCUGCGGGGCAGAGCAGGCCGCCCCCAAACGGGCAAAACGUGAUGUCCAAAUCGAAAUUGGAGAUCCUUUUGGCACAGAUGUCAUCCAGCGGGGAAUGACUGCAUUAAAGUUUUACCAUGACUUCGAUUGCGAACUAGAACACUGCAGUUAUGCUUUUGGACCUUGUUGGGAGCCAGUCAUGGCGCAAUGCAAUUUGAGUUUCGAGAAAAUUUCAGCCCCAUCGCGUGAUCCAAGUCCGGUCAUACCUUUCUGGGACAAAAUGCGCCUGCUGUUUCAUGGAAGGUUAACAAUGAUUGUGAAGCAAUUCACGGUACUUCUGCAUGCUUCAUUAGAUCCUUAUAAUACGACGGAGGAAAUGGAGUUAACGUGGAACAAUUGUGGAAUUGUGUGGACCAACGCAAAGAUAAUGUUUAAGGGCGAACUUAACGUUUCAGUUCGCACGGCUUCCAGGUAUGAUGAUUGUCGACUCAUGCAUUUCCCGAAUCUGAAGCUCACAUUCAAAUUAAACUGGAUAUGUCUCGGGAGUCCCAACGAUCAUCACGCUGUGAUACCCUGUGCUCCUGACAAGUUACCUGAAUAUUCUAGCAAUCAAGUGCAUGAUUCUUUCAGAGCUUUCCGGUCACAGAAUUUAAAUAUUUGGGUUUCGUUUGAAACCAAACCAGUAUCAGAUGAGCCUGAGAUAGAUAUUCCAAGUCUUGUCUUAUAUGGGAGCACACUCAGAUGGUUUGAGAGCCUGAAACUUAUUUUAUCGGGUGUAACACGACCAACAAGAAGAGGACCAGUAUUUAAUAAUGUGAGGCCACGUAAAAAACAAUUAAGUCGACAUUAUAAGAAGGCAAAUUUGCAAAUGAGCUUACAUAAAUUUCAAGUACUUCAUUGGAUGUCCCAUGCGCUGCAUCGCGGAUUUCAACUUAAUGGAGGUAGAGUUUCUUUCAGUUCUGAGCACAGUUUAACACUCUACCCAAUUGACGACGGACUGAUACAUCGUCCCCGAGCGGAAUGGUCAACCGUAUAUAUGAACUGUGAAUUAAAUGAUGCAGAGAUAUGGCUUAAAAGUAUAUUAACUGAAAAAAUGGAUGUUAGCUCGGAAAAUAUCGCUGCUACAGGUGACACUUUCAAAAUAGUGCGAUUUUAUUUUCUCAGCGUUGCUAAAGUGUCUUAUGGACGAGAAGCUUUACUACAAACAAGUAACAGUGAAGAACAAAAACCAAAAGCAAUAACACCAACUCACAAAUUGGUGGUGUACGAUCUUAAAGGAGCUUGGACAAAAAACAAUCGGGACGUUGCUUUUGCUCUCUUCGACUCGUUUAUGAAGUCCCAGAAACUGAAAAACAACUUGGCCACGGAGGCACUGAAAGGUUUCCGCAAAGAAGGAAAUUCACUUUUAAAAUCGAGGCGUGUUAACGAGAGCACCACUUCUUUAGCUUCUACAUCAACUGACAUAAUUCCAAGGCCAAACCCAACUACUGGCACUUUGACGAAACCACAACAACCCAGUCAUGCCACAGCCAUGUUACAACAACUCAUUGCCGAAGCAGAGCAUAAGUUUAACGUAUACAGUGAUGACCAAUCCACUCAGCAGAGAGAGCAGCAAUUACAAGGCCUCCAAGCAUGCAAUUCGAACGAUGUCAUUCAUGAAAAUUGGUUCAUUUCGCUUGUUAACUCACAAGUCUUAUUGAAAGGAUGUGAAACCUCUGGUUAUGUGAUCCUUUCCGCAGCGAAAGCAGAAAUACUACAACGUGUCCACAAGCCUGUGUGGCGCGAUAGAAGCUUGGUCUCGAAAACUACAUGGAAAGGUUCUUUGGAAUGCAUGCAAUAUUAUGCUACUGUUAGCGCUGGAGAAAAUGAUUCGUUGUUAGAAAAAGAAAUAAUGUGGUUAACUGUAGAUAAUAUACAGGAAAAAGAUCAGGAUGCAACUGAAAUCAGUGAUCUUCCGGACCUUCCUCAUUUAGUGGGCAGCGGGCAGAGCGUUGGGGGUGUAGUUUCCGAAACUGUUGGAGCUAUGGGAGCUCCUGGAUUGGGCGAAUCGCAGCCUAUUCAACUUCAAAGAAUCGUGUCUCGUUGUAAAUGCGAGUUUUUCUAUGUAAGUUACGGUGAUACAGUCGACCCGAGUACAAUAACAGAGGUGCCACCACCGCCUUCCGAAGAAACCUUGAGUCCCUGGGAGCAGCAAGAUGAUGCGGUUGACGCUUUCACAUUGAUGCAUCACGACCUGGAUGUAUGCACAAAUUCGCUACAGUACGCAAUGAUCUUAGAUAUAGUGAACAAUCUAAUGCUGUACGUUGAACCGCAAAGAAAGCAGGCCUUGGAAAAUCUUACUCGUAUGCGAUUUAAAUUGCAGCUAUAUAGCAGUGAGGACCAGAAACGGCCUAUACAACAUUUGCAAACGCAAAUUAGAAGCUUAAUGUUACGUAUACGCUCUCUUGAGAAAGAUAUACAUCUGAUAGGAAAGGCUCGAUGUGAGGAGGGUGACAAUGAAGAACUACAGUUAGAAUACAAAGCAGUUCAAAGCGAAAUCCAGAAAAGUAAAGACGAGCUCAAUACAAAAAGUGAGGAAUUAGAUAUGAUGCUGCAGUGCUAUAAGGAAACUCAACUGUCAGCUAUGAGCAAGUUAGCUACAGUGCAAACAGAUAAGCCUGCAACAAUCGUACGCACCAACGAAAUUUGUUUCAAACGUGCGAAAUGGCGAUUGAAUGAUGCUGACGGACAAAUUGGCAUUGCAGAUCUGGUUCUAAGUGACUUUUUGUAUACAAAAAAGUCGAAGAGCGAUGACUCGGUAGAACAUUUGUUAGAGUUGGGAAACAUACGCAUGAACAACCUCAUUCCAUUUGAAAAAUACCGGGAAGUUAUUCGGCCUACCGAAAUACAAAAAGAAAUGCCAGUCGAUAAACAUAAACGAGUUCUACGUGUAUUUUGCCGCGAGAAACCGCCCGUCGGAGGCAUUUCGGUCAAAGAACAUUUUGAAAUCAAUGUGGCUCCCAUAACAAUUGCGAUAACUAAGAAAUUCUACAGUACAAUGCUGAAAUUUUGCUUCCCAGACCGCGACACAUCUGAUACCGACGGUGGUGAUGAUAUCGAAGAUAAUACCGGCAGUUCAACAUCUUUGAAAGCUGCAAAAAAAUCUUCAAAGUCAAAGAAAACUUCUAAAGAUUCUGAGUUUUAUGUGAAAAUUCAGGAUGAUGUUGAAAAAAUGAAGGAGCGUGCCGAAAAGAAUAAGUUGUUCAUUUAUAUAAAAAUUCCUGAAGUUCCAGUCCGUGUUAGCUAUAAAGGAAACAAAGAAAAAAAUCUGGAGGAUAUAACUGAUUUUUCAUUAGUUAUCCCCACUUUGGAAUAUCACAACGUAACGUGGACUUGGCUGGAUCUGCUAAUGGCUAUGAAGUCGGACAGUAGAAGAGUUAUACUAUCUCAGGCAAUUAAACAGAAACUUCAGAUACAUCGGAGGCAGCCUUUAGCACUGACAGAAGAAAAACCGAAUCCUCAGGAAGAAGAUAAGGCUAGAAUGCUUUUCGGGAACAGACAUGCGAGCGAAAACCGGAGCCAAAGAAAGGGAGUUUUCAAAUUCACUUCCAAACCAUAAUCCCGCACUAGGUCGAGUUUUAGCAGAAAAACAUAUUUUUUUACAUUACCGAAACAUUAAGUAUUAUAUUUUACGAUGGGCAAUCCACUACAUUUUUUAGGAACGAAGGAGAACGAAACUUCUUAAUAUCUUUUUUUAAGAAAAUAAAUCGACGCAACUCACAUUAACACGAAACGAUUAAGCAGAAAUAUCAGCUGUAAACGUAUUUUGAACGUCUAUCUAACGAUUAAGUAAAUAUCAUCGUUGUUGUUUUCUAUGGGUUGUAAUCCUGUCUGUAUUCCAUUAUUCGAAAUUGCAAGUAUUUCAUUGACGUUAAUUUCGGACUAAAUAAUCAAAAUAUAUUUAUUUGACAUGA